CCUCAGACCAUGGCCGAGCACCGGAACCUGAACGUGUGGCGUGCCACGCACAUCCUCAUCUACAUCUGCUCGAUCGGGACGUCGCUGGGCGCGCUGCUGAGCUACCGCAACAUGAACUCCAGCCUGGAGACCACCAUGGGCAAAUGCAUGCUCUACACGCAGCCCUGGGUCGAGCUGAACGUCAAGACGGGCAACUGCCGCAUCGACCUGGCGCGCACCGAGUGGGGAGGCGACGUGCUCUGCAACUUCGUGCUCUUCUCCAUGCUCGCCUCGUUCGUGUACGGCAUCAUCUCCGUCUGGUUCUUCAUCAUGUGCGCGCCCAGCCGGCACCUACCCGAGGACGACAGCAUCGUGCACGUGUGGAAGAUAGUGCCACCGGCCACGACUCUGAGCACCGUGCUCGCGCUACUUACUCUCAUCAUGGCCUGGCUGGUGACAAGCGGUGUGAACACCUUCUUCUACGAGCUCGAGCUACGCGUCCUGAGGAAUUGCACCACCCGUGCGGGCGGACCUGCAGCCUGGGAAAACGAUAGCGUGGCUACACUCUACAACGAGAGACUCACCACGCAGAUCUUCGUGUGGCUGAUCGUGCUGUGUUGGGUGAUGGCGACCCUGUCCCUUGUCUGCCGCUGCAUGACGGCUGCCGACUUCGGCACAAGCGGAGAUAGCACUCAGCACCCUGGUGGCGAAAUGGUGACCUACUUGGGUGGCCUUGUGUCUUCGCUCUACCGUGCCGGUCGGCAGCCCACAGUUGCCGUCGCCCAGGUGACCGCCAGGCCGCGUCCUACGCAGGAGCAGCGAGGGCAGGUGUGA